UGCGGUGUUCGCAGACGUUUCGUUCGUGGUUUCUUGCUUUUGCUGCAGUACUCUUUGCUGAAACGGUAGAAAGGUAGAAGUGACAGCUCUUGGAGCGGCGGCCGAAUUUCUCGCUAUCAUUCAUAUUAUACAUAACCUUCGCUUUCCGGGACCUGUCCUUGUUCGUCGGGCAAUUCUACGAAGUUGCCUUCGAUGGAAAGAUGUGCGCCCUGUGUCGGUGCUUCUCAAGCUGCUUCAGAUUUUCAACUGUUCGCAAUGUGAAAAGAUCCGCUGGACGGUUAAUUAUGGGUUGACUUCAAACGCUGAAACAUCUUCAAGGGCAAAAAAAGAAAGCCACAAGAAAAAUAUAACAUGUUCGAAAUCAAUAGUCCAAGAGAUAUGGGGCGUCAUUUGAGAUCCAGUCUGACUACUCCUAGAAAAAUUGUGAUUGCUUUUCUAGUCUUACUAUGGCUCGCAUCUGUUUGUGAGUCGGCGUUUCAACAAUCUACUUGGACGUCAACCCAGUCGUCAGCUGGGCAGCUAUCCAGCAACAGUUCGUCGAACGCAGCGAUCAACAACGCAACAAUGUCCAUAUCCAAUGGAACAGACAGCAAUGUUUCGGCAGUUGCUGUGACAGCAUCAGUUCUUCCUGCCCAGCCAGCAGACCCUGUUCUUCCACAGAAGGAAUCUGCUGAAGAAGAGCAUCACUCCAGCAUGACUAUAUUCUUCGCUCUCAGCGUGAUAGCGGUGUGCAUAUUGAUGAUUCACUUUUUGAUCCAGGCCAACUUCGAAUUCCUUCCAGAAAGUGUUGUUGUUGUACUCAUCGGUGCCUUGAUAGGCCUAUUUUUGAAGCUGAUCUCAAGCCAGCACCUUGGAAACUGGCAGAAAGAAGAGGCUCUCAGUCCAACUAUGUUCUUCCUUGUUCUGCUGCCACCCAUAAUCUAUGAAUCAGGGUACAACUUACACAAGGGUAACUUUUUUCAAAACAUUGGCUCCAUCCUAGUAUUUUCUAUUGUUGGCACAACCAUCUCUGCACUGGUUAUUGGGGGUGGUGUUUACUUGCUUGGCUUGGCUGACGUAGCCUACAAACUGGACUUCACUGAAAGCUUCGCAUUUGGCUCUCUUAUUUCCGCUGUGGAUCCUGUGGCAACCUUGGCCAUCUUUCAUGCUUUGGACAUAGACCCAGUGCUCAACAUGUUGGUAUUUGGCGAAAGCAUCCUCAAUGAUGCUGUCUCUAUUGUACUUGCCACAACCAUAUUGGAGUCAGGAAGCCCAAGCAUGGUUUCACUGACGACAGGUCAACUUGUUUUACAUGGCAUCCAGCGUUUCUUUCUUGUUUUCUUCUGCUCUGCUGCUAUUGGAGUGAUCUUUGCCUUGGCAGCAGCUCUUCUGCUCAAGUAUAUAGACCUCAGGAAAAAUCCCUCGCUUGAGUUUGGAAUGAUGUUAGUAUUUGUCUAUGCUCCUUAUGGACUUGCGGAAGGCAUACACCUAUCAGGGAUCAUGGCUAUACUCUUCAAUGGGGUCGUCAUGUCUCAUUACACCCACUUCAAUUUGUCUUCAGUGACUCAGAUUACCAUGCAACAAACACUACGGACUAUUUCACUUAUUGCUGAGACUUCAGUGUUUGCCUACCUGGGUCUGGCCAUAUUCAGCUACCGACUUAUCAUCAAGCCUUCUCUUAUAAUAUGGAGCAUUGUUCUAUGUCUGAUUGGACGAGCGGCAAACAUAUACCCGUUGUCUUUUCUGAUGAACUACUUUAGAGAGCACAAGAUUACCAAAAAAAUGAUGUUUAUUAUGUGGUACAGUGGACUCAGAGGUGCCAUUGCAUAUGCUUUAGCUAUGCAUUUGGACUUUGAUGAUGAGAAGCGCCACGUGGUUGUGACGACGACUCUCAUUAUAGUGCUGUUCACAAUAUUGGUAAUAGGAGGCUCCACAAUGCCUCUCUUGAAGUUCUUGAAGGCGGACAAACAGACAACUAGAAAAAAGCGCCGAAGAGCACGCCAAGUCACUCUUAGCAAAACCAAAGAAAUGGGUCAAACUAUUGAUGCAGAUCAUUUAUCUGAACUGACAGAAGAAGAAUAUGAGGUCAACUUCAUGAAGAGCAACAUAAAAGGCUUCAUUCUGCUGGAUAUAAAGUACCUCAUUCCUUUCUUCACUCGCCGAUUUACACAAAAGGAGGUGCAAGAUGGCAAAAUCCAAAUGACUGACCUAACCAACCAGUGGUACCAAGCCAUCCGGGCACCCAUUGAUGAAAGUGAAAAUGAAGAUUCUGAAAUCAAUGGCGUUUAAGAUGGCUUGCUGUUAUACUCCCUUCAUUAUGGAUGUGAGGAGAUGCUGAUAUUUUUUCUGAAUCUGCUUUGCAGUGUGUGGCAAGGCAUUUUGCUUUGCUUGCUUUCUUUUGAACAAAAUAAUUCAUCAAUUUCUUGUUUUAUAUGUUGGGUAUCAGAUGUGUGCUGUGUUAUGCAAAUAUUGUAGUAAGAAUUGAUGGAAAGCAUGUGGGAAAACACUUUGACAAAAAUGCAUGCAUAUUUAGUGUGUUCAAUAUUUUGCUGACAUUCCACUUAGGACAACUAUUUUUUUAGCCAGAAGAUUCCCGUGUUACACAUUUAUCUAAAAGCAUAUCACUGAAUUUAUGCUUUGCAUAAAAUAUAGUGUAAUCUGCAUGUAACAUCACCAUUUAAACCAUAAAAUCAAGUACAGUUGGUUCCCUCAAUGUACUUGCCUACUGUUUAAAAACAAACUGCUUGAAGAAAAAUGUAAGACAUACUUCCAAGACUUGCCUCUGGUGCAAAUGGCACUACAAGGCUAAGUUCUUUGCAUAGCAGCAAUCUUGAAAAUGAUCUGCAUGCAUACUUGUCGAGAAGCUGACAAAGCUAGUACUAUCAGCAUUCACAUUUAAGGAAGAAAAUCAGUUAUGGAGGGUGUGUAAUAUGUUUUAAAAACAGCAUCAAAUAUAUGAGUACAGAUGGUGUUUCAUGGAAAAUAUGUUGCCCAUGUUGCCUUGGCUAGAUAUGCACUAUUAAAAAAUGAGAUUCAUUUACCUAAAUUAUGCUUUUCUGAUUUUGUGUAUUUAUGCUUCUUAAAACGCCUCGUAAAUGUAAGGCGUCUACCCUACGUGUAUGGUUGAUAGUGAUAGUAUGAUACCGCUUGAGCAGCAGCCAUACAGCUGCCACUACGAACUGUCUUGCACAUUGCUGUGUAGUUUGGUCACCACUUCAACAAUUUGCAUUCUUGUGAGUAUACUUGCAUAAAGAGAAUGGGAUUAGUUAUAUUACAACUAACACUAUAGUCAUGAACAAAUGGGAUUCCUAUUGGGUGUACCAGUGUCCAUUAUGGUGUGCCUAAGCGCUGCAGUUAGGAUGCAAUCUCAGUUAUUUUCAAUUUUUUUAAUGUAAACUCUUGGGAAUGUCCUAACUGAUGUAAAUACUUCAAUGUGAGUCAUACCUUUCCUUAUAACUACAAAAUGGCAAGUAGAAAAUAGCAUGUUAUCGGUUCAUACAUGCAUAUGUACAGUGUUGUUGGCAGCCAAAAAGUGGAAAAGAAUAUUUGUAUUGGCUUCCAAAACAUCUAGUUUCAUACAUGCUUGAGUGGGAGGGCCCACAAAUGUUUAUUCUGCUUGUGUUGAUCCUCUACUCCCAUCAUUGUCUUUUUUGUAUUGCUUCAAGUUGUAUGCCACACAAACCAACUCGCCCAAAUCAACAAUUUGUUGCUAUCACAAACACCCUGUUGGGGAACAAGGAGGGGAUGCCAUUUGUGCCUGCAAGCUGCACACCUGAAGCCCGACUAACUGCUUGUGUUAUAAUAUUAUUGCCAUAAUUUUAUUGCCAGCUUGCAGUAAUUAACGGAGCCAAUGCACAAUAGAAGAAAUUUGAGAGACAAGAGCAAUUGAGUUGAAAAGUCAUAAAAUUUACUCUUAAUAAUUACACGUAGUUUUAAAACCUAUGAAUUACUAUUUUAAUUGACAAGGGGCCGAUUGGAAGUUGUAGACAACCAGUGUAAAAAACUUCGAAGAGGGUGUUCGAUGCAGGAAGAGAUAAAUCGGCUGGAGGUUCUCUUAGGGAUAUGGCUUGAAGAAAACCUUAAAGGCAUGCAGAAAAUGAAGAAAAAAGGAUUGUUAAGAACUUUAUUUCUAGUUCAUAACUAGGAGAAUAGCACAUGAGAUUCAGUCCCGCCAAAAGCUCUGCAUUGUGACCCACAAUCAAUGGCUGCCUCACUUAACACCAGAAGUGCAGCCGGAGUCAGCAGUCCAGUGGCUGGCCACCAUGUAUACUCACGUACCAGAAGAGCUGGCAAGAACUGCAAAUAUUCCAAGAUGGCAUGGUGUCUGACAGAAAAAAUAGCGAGAUGUGAUGUUGCUAGGUAUUCUUGCACACAUAGCAGAUGUUUUCAUACACUAGCAGCCUGUGUGGCCCUCUUAAUAAAGCAAUUCUAUUUUUACUCUUACUGUACAGGCAGACAGUGAUUAUCACAUGUUAAUUAACCAAAUAAUGGCAUAAAACAAGAAAUGUGCUUUUGCUUUGUAAAUAAAUUAGUCAGAUGAUUGAACUGAUUCUUCAUGCUAGUAUCAAGGUAAAAUAAGCAUGUUCGCUCUAGUGCUUUCAGUAGUACUGGCGACUCGUGGUAAUUAAAGCUUUCAAAUAAUGCAAACGAAAUUAAAUAUUUGGUUGUUUGCAAUGUUUCCAAUCUAUCUUAAAGCAUCCCAAUUCAAAUUUUUCUAUUGGCCAACUUUGGUUGAUUCAAACAUUGUUUGUUGAUGCCUGGAAAUAUCUGCCAUCAUUGUUGCUUCUAGCUACAUUCACAUUUUUAUAACACUAACCGUCGCAAAUUAAGCUGAUUGCCUGCACAUAAAACAGCUCAACUAGCCAAACUGUGUUAACCUGCCAUCGCUUGCAGACUGAGGAAGAAGACAGAAGAAACCAAGGCGGCCUGGCCUAGGUCUUUUGCAUGUGAAACGAUUUUAGUCACAUUUGCUGCUGUACACUAAAGUCAUGCAGGAGCGCAUCCUAAAAAUUGGAGUGGCUGCAAGCUGUCGUGAAAAUCAGUGCAUUUUGUCUCAUUUUGACAAUUGUAGGCACUCAUUGUAUAAUAACGAGUACCUGCAUGAUCGCUGACAUCUUAAACUUUACUGGCAGUCAUGCUGAGCCAUAAUCUAUGAUGUAGCUACAACAGGGGGAAACAAUGAACACCCUAACAUCAGUCGGUAUGCUUUCUCAGCCAUAUUUAUGAGAUCUUCUGAUAAUUCAAACAAAAUCCAGAGGUCUUGUGGAGCUUUAAUUAAGAAGUUAAUUGUAUCUUGUUUUCUUUUAUCAUUGCUGCAAUUUUUUGCUGGGAUAGGUUGUGUUAUGAAAUCAAGAGCACAUGGGUCUCACGAUUUAUCAUGUGUUCUUAUGUAUGGAAUGGGUCAUAAUGAAAGUUUGCCAUUGUUAAGACUAUGCAGACUCUUGUCAUGGCUUUCUUUCUCUAGUGCCAUGGAGGUUCUUGUUAUGUGUAAAGACACCUGAACUAUGCACAUAAAAAAAUUCACAGCACUCUGUCAGCUGCAGUAUUCAUCUGGUACUAUUUGCUAUAGCAGUUAUGAUGUAUAUUAAUUUCUUUUUUUCCCCCUUUGUUGUGCAUUCCUGUGCUUAGAUGGAAUGUCAAAUAGCUGUGUCAGCUGUAUUGAGGGACUGCUCGCUUUUGGCAGCCUUACAAAAUAACAAUGCAUUCUUAAUGUCACAAAUCUGGUGUUAUAUAUGUGUGUAUAUAUAACUAAUCGCAGAUGGCUAUUUUUGAGCAUUUGUGUAAAAAAUCAUGCCUGCAGAGUAAGUAACAAAAAAUGCUUCUAGAAGAAAAUUGGGGUACCCAUUAUAGUUUGCAGUCCUUUUUUUAUAUUUGCAUUGUAUUUAAAACAAAGCCUUCUGUUUAUGGCUGCUUUUCCUAAUGUGAGCAGGGAAGACAGUUUUACAGAAUAGAACAAAUUUGUUUAUCACUUUGUUAUCUUUUUAUGUCCCACCAGGCUACUGUGGUGGCAAUAAUAGUGCCUAAAAGAGAGGCAGUGCUCAUGUGCAGUAAACAGCAUAUUAAAUGUGGCUAUUUUUUAUUGCUGGUAAAACUCAUUGAAUGCAGACAAGUCUCAAUUUUCACAGGCUUGUUGUACUUGAAAAUAAAUGCCUGUACUUUAAAUGAACAAAUUUGCUACGACCUCCUAAAGGAAAAUUUUCAGGUGGGGAAAAAGAUAUUAUUGGUUGUGUAAUCAGGAUGUGUAGUGCUGCUAAUCUGAUGGGAUAGAGGGAGUUAUUAUUUUGCAAGGAUAGUUAUUGACUACAUACCAGUGAAAAUGUCCUGACAUUACUCAUCCAAAGGACAAUCUUAAUGGAUUAUUUAUUCAUAUGUAACAUUUUCUUUGAAAUAGACCUAAUUGAAAACUUGAGCACUUAGUGAUCAGAUGCUACUAUUUUCUUGACAGCGGUUUUUCUGGAAAGUGUUUUUUGCAAACGAAUUUUUGGAAUAAAAAAAAAAUUACCUUUGUAUGUGUGCAACCACUUCCCAAAAAACCUGCAUUUUCAUUUGUGUCAUCUGUUUUAACAUAGCUGAGUGUGGUAUCUUUCAGAGAAAGAACCUUUAGUGCCAAAACUUCUGUGACAUGUCCCAAAUCAUGUUAUAUUUUGUUUUAUGAUCAUUGCCUGUUGCCUACUCAUAUUGGGUGCUUCUUAAUUAACUGAGUACCCUUCAUUACUACUUUGUUGAAGUGGCCUUUUUCAUGAAUUAGAUGAGAAUGUCACUGUUAGUCUCUUACAUGUGUACCAAACUGCAGUUGUUAUGACAUUUUCAUGAACUAGAAAGACAUUGUCAGUGUUGGUAUCAUUAUACGUGUAACAAACUGCAGUCGAUCAUGACAUAUUUCAGUCUGUAUGCAAAUCAGUCAUGUCACUAGGAGAAGCUGGAUCAUCCCAGGUACAGCACUCGAGGGUGAGCAGCUGGCCACUGAAAUGGGGUUGAUAAGCGUAAUGGCAAGAAAAAAAGUGAAAAAGCACUGCACACUUUCUGCUGAAUGGAAUAACUGUGUGCUUUCUAAAAAAAAUAAAAGUAAUCAAAAUUUGUUGGAGGGGGCCGUAAGCAAAGCUUAAUAAUUAGGAGUGCUAUAGAAUAUGGUAUUUAAGUGGAAUAUGUAGACGUCAUCCCUGAGAAGUGUAUUCAAUGUUUUGCCGAUACUGCCUCAUAGUGCUUGUUCUUAAUAUUGUAGAAAUAUUUUUCUACUGAGGCCAGCUAAUUUAGUGGAUAGCACAAAAUUCGCACAACUUUGUGGAUUAAUUUUUUUUUGCUCAAGCUCUUUUAAAAUGCAACACAUUGUACUGAGACUGUAUAUUCCUAAUCUACCGGUCUACCAUUUCUUCUCUUUUUUUUCUUCUAACAAGCUUCCUUGUUCUGAGACGCCUUUUUCAACAUCACUCAGAAUUGUUGGUAACCUGUUCUUGUAUGUAGCCAAGUGUCUGUGCAUGGGAUAUGUGCACUACAUUUCAGGAAGGAAUUAAAAUAAUGCUAGCUGCAAAACAAACUUCAUGCGGAAAGAAGUUGCGAAGAUAAAAUUGUAUUUAGUUUUGUUGCCUAAAAUAGGAGGGGUCACAGUUAGCCACUGCCCUGGAUGCUCCUUGUCCUAAUAACACUAUAGAUGGAGAUGGUGUUAUUCACUGAGAUGUGUGAUUAUAUUAUUUAAGGCUUAUUGGGCUAUGGUAUGUAAAAGUUGGUACACAAUACAAUGGACUAAAUUGUUUUUUUUUAAUUUGAGAUAGUUAUCUCUACUUUUAUACUUCAAUAUUGUGCUAGUAGUGCUUUGGAAAAUGUGUGAUUAUAAUGAUAAAGGAUUGGUGUUUUGGGGUAAACCAGGUAAUGUGUUAAUGGCUGAAUGCUGUUUACUACUUUUGAGUCACAGAUGUGCUGCAUAUUUAUGUUAGGUAAGGAUUUUAUGUAGAUUUACAUCUAUUGCCAUCUGCAUUGUGCUCAGUCCUCUGCUUGCCUAUAUCUCUGACUCCCUAAUUCUGCAUAUUGGUAUAUUGUGGGCUACCAUGAAGGGAAGCUAGAUUGUGUGAUAAGACAGAGAUAUCACAAUAGUUUUAUAUGGUAGAUGGUCAAAAGCUCGGGCUAUUCACAGCAUGCUGAUGUUUUGUGAGAUCAUAAACUAUUUAUGCUUCUACCUGAUGUAUCAAACGAAGGCAGUGAAGCUUUUCAAUAGACAGGUGAUGUUCUUUGGGCCUAAUGCAAGAAAAGGGGAGAAGUUUUUAAUGUAUAAUUUCAAAAUAGAAGGCGUACUGCAAGGUGCCUCUUACAUUAUUUACAUUUGUGCUUCACUUUUGUGAGGAGCCAAUUGGAUUGCUUCAAGGUUACUAAUAUGUUGGUGUUUCUUCUUUCAAUUGUUUAAUUAGAAAAUGGCCUUGUGUUUAGUUUCAUAUGCAUAACAUAGGAUGAUCAAGAGUGUUGUAUGCAAUGCCAGUUGUCAGUAUCAGGUCACCUGAUAAGUACUAUGCGCGCCAAAUGAAACCCGUACAGCAGCAAGCUUUUGUAAUGGUAUAGUGCGUGCCAUUUAUCACCAUAGACAGGCCUGCAUAUAUCCGCAGAGCUGCCAAACAGGAUGUGCUCACCUGUCAAUGGCGAUAACUGGAUGGCAUACACUACACUAUCGGAAAGGCUCGCUGCUGUUUGGAUUUCAUUGGAUGCGAAUAGUAAAUUCAUUUGACUGCUAUUGUUCAAUACUGACUCCAUGCAUUUAUUACACUGCGAUUGUGGUAAGGUGGUAGACAAAUCAAUUGUGGCAAGGUAAAUUACAUAGCACUCAUAAGAAAAUCAUGUAUGAUACACUACAAAUUUUUCCUUUUGAGCAACAUUUCAGUGAUGCCUACCACUAGAGAAUGCGAGCUUUUUUAGAGCACUUUUUCUGCUUUAUAACCAGUUUAAUUAUUGGUGUGAUAGCAAAUAAAUGGACAGUCUCCUCUGAUUUUGCCAUCGCCGCGAAGUCCCCGAUAUGUAUACGUACUUACCCUUAUAUAAAGAAAAAUAAACCUGUUGUAAAAAAAAGGCACAGUUUCGCAAAAGGGCAAAGCAAUGAAUACAAUAGCAACAUAUUCGAAUGUUUUACAAAGCAAGGCUAGACUUUUUAGAAGCAGUAUAAAUUGUAGCAAACAUGCACAUGCUAAGUAACCAGGUUUCUUUCAGUGCAGCCACAGUAGAUGACCACAAUAGGAUUUAUGCCUAGUGACAGCGUUAAUAUACAAAGUGAGGCUGGCAGUCAACUCAUUUAGAUUCGAGCUCAUGAACUCUACAAAACGCUGGUGUAAGAGAACACGGCCGCUCCAGGUACACUUUUGGCACCGUGUUAUUGUGUUGAGAGCGUAGCUCGUAGAGGCUUCUGCCUGCUGUGAAGGCACAAGCCGCGUUAGCGUCGUGGCAACCAUAAGUGUGCCCCCCCUCUCUGUUUGUUCAUGGGAUAAGCGUGCGUGCAGAUGACCCCGGCUGGAAAGGCAAUGUUCGCUCCACAGAAAAAGGAGAAGAGGCUAGCGCAUCCUUCCCGGUAUAUAUAUAUAGAUAUAUAGACAUACAUACAUACAUAUACAUUUACGUGAAUCAUGGGGGCGGCGGCAAAGACCAGCCGAGGCUGUCUAUAUAAUUGCUAUCGCAAUAAAAUUCCAAAGCAACAUAUCGAGGAUUGGAACCUACGACCCCUCACUCCACAGGCCGCUGUGCUAGCCAAUACAGCCACGCACCAUGCUUGCACCUGUGCUAUUACGGUGAGCUAUUCAUGUGCACCAUUUACCACUCGUCGCACGCAGAUCUCGAAGAAGCUUCAGCGUAUUUUCUAUCAUCAUAGCUUUUACAUUUUUUUUUCAGAGAGAAAAAUGCCCUUGAGACACGCACGAUAAAAUGGUCCCUUUAUGUACCACUCAUGAUCUAAAAGAAAAAAAAACAAAGCGCACUCUUGGCAUCAAAUUCCACCACGUGGCAGGAAAUUCAGAGGGGUCAUUCCAAGUGCCACAGUUUAAAAGAAAAAGCAAAUGGAGUCAGCUUCUGCAUUGUAGACGUUUGCAGUGCGUUCCUCAAAUACAAAUAUGUAAUAACUAUGACAGUUCUUAGUUCACACUUGUCCUGAGUAUACCUAUGCGUUCUUUUCAACUAUUCUUUUUUGUGAUGCAGCGGCGUGCUGAAAGUAUUGAGCUGCUUCUCGUUCUUGAAGAGAUAUUUUCAUUUCUCGCUAUCGCAUUCACGGCUUCGUCCAAAUGGCGAAACUGCAGUGACUUUUUCAGAAUACUGCUUUUACUGCUCUGUAUCUGCAUGGUGCAUUGGGUGUUCUCUUUUAUAAACCGUUUCUUUCUUACUUAAUUUAUGACUUAUUAAAUCUAUAUUUGUUAUGAAAUAUAGGAAAUGUGUGUACAUGUCAUACUGUGAUUUUGUUAUAUAUAUAUAGUGUAGGCAACUUCUCGUACUGAAGGUUUUAGCGUCCUGCAUUAAUAAAUAUUAUAGUUAUUAGAAUAAAUUGGAAGACAACUUUUAGGUUAGUGAGGUUGGACAGCCUGUUUAUGAUAUUUAUUUAUGUAGCAAAGGUUUACCAAUAAAUGCAUUUUCAUUUUGUGAAUGCUGGGUUUUUGAAUUGACAUUGUAUAUAGCAAUGACGACACUAACAUCCUUACAAGGAAGAGCUGAACUUUUGUAUAACAAAUGAUGCCAUAACGCAGCUGUAUUGUGAUGCGCUAAUGUAAUGUAUGGGGCAUACAGGUGCCUCUGUGAUUAAUAUUGUUUUGCAUUGCUUUUUUUCUGUAAUCUUCAGAACAAUUAAUGAGUGUCUAAAGCUGCUAGAAAGCAAUGCAUAUGAUAUAACAUCAUAACACUCUUGUGGUGAUUUAUUUAUAUACUAAUAAAGAUGUGUUUCAUUUGUAAA